GCCAGGAUUCUGACACUUAGCUUACAUCCAUGGCCAUCAACAGUAAGACACAAACUGCCCCCCCUGUCAAAAAUGUCAUUGCAGGAGGCAUUGGAGGAAUGUGCCUCAUACUGGCUGGUCAGCCCCUGGACACUAUCAAGGUCAAUCUGCAGACUCAGCCUUCGCCUGCCCUGGGACAGCAACCUCUGUAUAACAGCACCCUGCACUGCUUCAGCAAGAUUAUUGCACGAGAGGGUAUCAGAGGCCUGUAUAGAGGAAUGGGAGCUCCGUUGGCAGUGGUCACCCCUAUCAUGUCAAUUACAUUUGUGGGGUUUGGCUUAGGGAAGAGCCUCCAGCAGACAAGCCCUGACAGCAUCUUAAGGUCCUGGCAGGUGUUUGUGGCAGGAAUGUUGGCCGGGCUGAGCAGUACAGUCCUGAUGGCCCCUGGGGAGCGGAUCAAGUGUCUGUUACAGGUACAGUCUGUUACCCUGAAGAAAACUUUCCAAGGUCCCUUAGACUGUGCCCAAACUCUGUACAGAGAGCUUGGUAUCCGGGGGCUGUACAGGGGGACACUGCUGACCCUUAUUAGGGAUGUUCCAUCCACUGGGGUUUAUUUCAUGAGCUACGAGUGGAUGAAGGAAAAGAUGAGAGGAGAGAGGAGCAGUGCCAGAGAGCUAAGGGCUACAGAAAUCCUGCUUGCUGGCGGUGUGGCUGGCAUGUGUAACUGGCUGGUAGCCAUUCCGGCUGAUGUGCUCAAGUCUCGCUUCCAAACAGCUCCUGAGAAUCACUAUAAGAAUAUCCUGGAGGUUCUGAGAGAAGUUUUGCACUCAGAGGGACCCUGCGGACUGUACAGAGGAUUCACUGCAGCCAUGCUCCGAGCCUUCCCAGCCAAUGCAGCUUGUUUCCUGGGGUUCGAAGCUUCAAUGUCAUUCCUGAAUUGGCUGAUUCCAGAGACAGUGUGACUCCCACAGGAUACAGAACUGUUCCUUUCAGGUCCAUAGGGGGCCUCCAUCCUCAUCUCCCCUGCUCUCAUCUAGUCGCCUGGCAACACCUCCUCCCAAAACAACAUAUGGUCCAUUGUGUUACUUACUGAGAAAAUAUGUGCCUUUCUGAAUGGGACUUACAGUAUUGCUAACAUUUUGUUCCAUUCACAUACAGUAUUAGCGUGAACUAAACCUUCUGUCUCUGUAUAUUUGUAUUUAUACAUGUGGGAGGGAGGUGCCAUAGUGUUUCCCUUAUACAGCACAGUAUGGGGGUACAGCUUAUUGUGUGCCCAGAACAUUCCUUCUCUGUAUAUUUGUAUUUAUACAUAUGGGUAGGGAGCUGCCAUAGUGUUUCCCUUAGACAGUACAGUAUGGGGGUACAGAUUAUUGUGUGCCCAGAACAUUCCUUCUCUGUAUAUUUGUAUUUAUACAUAUGGGUAGGGGGUGCCAUAGUGUUUCCCUUAGACAGUACAGUAUGGGGGUACAGCUUAUUGUGUGCCCAGAACAUUCCCUCUCUGUAUAUUUGUAUUUAUACAUAUGGGUAGGGGGUGCCAUAGUGUUUCCCUUAGACAGUACAGUAUGGGGGUACAGAUUAUUGUGUGCCCAGAACAUUCCUUCUCUGUAUAUUUGUAUUUAUACAUAUGGAUAGGAGGUGCCAUAGUAUUUAGACAAUACAGUAUGAGGGUACCAACAACCCACCCUACACUCUACACUGGCUUUUCAUGAAAGGAAAGUUUUUAAUGUCUAAAGCCAAUUAAGGGGAUGCUGUUGUACAAAGUUUAGUUAAUUAGAUAUAGUGUAUAAGGGUUAAUUUAUCAUGUUUUAUUUUUAUUAAGGAUAUAUGGCAUUUCAGUGGUGCUUCCAGUACCACAGACCUCAAAUAUCUAUUUUGGGGCAGGUUAGUAAAUUACCAGGCAGGGGUAAACCCCACAUGUAGGUCCCGCUGUUGGGUAGUAGGGCAACCUGUAACCUGCUGUUGUCCAUUCCCAAUGCAGCUGAAUGGCCCUGGGUAGGGGGCUGACCCAUGGGAAGAAGUGUAUCCCUAUCCAGGGGCAGGCAAGCCCUGUGGGUGCUGGAGAGGAAAUCACAGGGAAAGGGUUCCUAUAAGAAGAAGUAGCUAUGGUAGGGUGGGUACUAUGGUACUCUCCUCGGGAGAGACAGUCAGGGUUAUUUAGAAGAACAGUUUGAAGGUCCAACUAGGACAGAAAUAUUUUCAAUUGCCAGAAAGUCUUCUGGAUCUUUACUCUACAGACUAGGGUACCUAAAGGGUUACGUGAGAUAUGGAAUGUAGACUAUUUCUGGUGAUUUAGAGAUAUUAUGUUUGUGUAACUGGUCGCAAUUAAAAUGUCACCUAAAUUAAGCAGUAUUUAAAUGCUGUUUUGUGAUUGGAUAUCAGCCUAUGCUUACGGACUGGCAAUGUGCGAAAAGCAUCAGGUGGAACUUCCAGCCCUUCCAUGACUUACAAUGUUCAUAAAUUGCUUGAAUAAAAGUCAAGUUUUAU